GUAUUUCAAAUAAACCAAAUAUUGUUUCUCUUUCUAGAGUUGCAGAUUAACAAUAUGGAAAAAUUCCACCUUCUGAGAACCUCCCAAGAGUAUGUUAUAAGUAAUUGUAAGCACAUAAGCAAGGAGUUUUUUAAUCUUUCUCAAUGCCAACAAGAAGCCAGAGAUAGAAAUUGUAAUGUGAUCAAUUGGUCCUCUAAUGACAAAAGAUGUUACCUAAAACGCUGUACCAACCAAAGCACAGAUGAAGAAUGGGACUUCAAGUUUACAAAGUAUACAUGGCAAAUGUAUGAGGUUCAUAGCAUAGCAUAUCCAUCUACUCCAAUAUGUAAAGGCAUUGUAUUUGUCAAUCGGAAGACAUACAGUGAUCAAAAUACCCCUGUUACAUCUAACUGUCCUGAUGUAGGAGAACACAAGCAACCUGCCAACUUACAUCAAUGUAUGUCUAGUGCUUGUAGUCAGGGUGCCAAUGUGUUCAUAUACAGUUCAAGCACCCGUUUCUGCCAACCUAAGCGCUGCAACACCAAAGCUGAUGGUAUGUACAACUUACAGGUUGCAAACAUUGAUAAUGAUGAUGGAAACCAGAGAGGAUAUGACAUCUAUGCCUUAUCAGCAACUCCUGUGCCUUGGACCACAGAGGGAACAACCAUGGGCAUUCAAGAGACUGAAUCCACAACAGGUCUGAGUACAUCAACAGAGGAUAUAUCUAAAGCCCCACAUGGAUCUGAUAUUACAUCAGAACCAGUAAAAUACACUACAUCGGAGAUGACAAUAUUUUCUUCCAAAGAGCCGAACAUUUCUGCCAAGAUAACAAAUUCACAAUACACUUGGUUCGGAGACAGCAACACUGACUUUAUAUUGAUAGCAGUGAUUGGUGUACUUGUUCUAGUGAUAAUUGUGCUGUUAGUCACCAAUAUUCUAGCUUGCAGGAAACUUAGAGGGAAAAAUGCUGAUAAUGGACAUGAAAAAAGUGACAGAAAUAAUGUGGAAAUACAGAAUGAUGAAUAUGAGGAAAAUGUUGUCAAAUCUGAUUUAGAUCAGGGAAACGUUUACUCUGACAUAAAAACUGGUUCCUCCCCUUUAAAUCCAGUUAUCAACCAAUAUGAGGAAGUGGCGAUGAAAAAAAUACCUGAAAAUAACUCCACGUCUGAAGUAGGUAAACAUGGCGAGUCACGACUCUGUGAUUUAUAUGCUAUUGUUAAACCAAAAAGUGAAAGAAAACAAUAUGACAGCGAUAAGAAUAGUAUGAAUGCAGACACAAAAAUCAUACCAUCAGAGAGCGGAACUCUUCAGGAUAAAAAUGGAUCAAAACCAAACAAUGUUGAUGCAACUAGUACAGGGGACUUCUCUUAUGUAACAGCAGAUGUGGGAUCUGGCUAUCUACCAAAACUGGGAAACAAUUCUAUUUAUGACUCUGAAUGUGAUGAAAAUUAUGAUGUUUUGAAAUUGCCGAAAUCCUCUUCAAAUAAAGUCCAUGACAAACAAGUUUCUAGUGAUUUAUACAAUCACUUGAAAAAAUGACUGAUCAAAUACUAUUCUUUUUAUGAACAACUUCAAAAUAUUAAAAACACAUUAAUGAGAUUUUCAAGUGUAUAUUAAUGGGAUUUUCAAGUGUAUAUCAAAUCAAAACAAAUCCUGGUUGUCAAAAAAUCA